CCGAGUUGUGGCUGAAACAUUUUCAAUAGCAAAACAAAAUUCAUCGUAAAUUCCUUCACCGGCAACACAAACACACAGAAGCAAAGAAUCUGGAAAAGAAACCGUAGAGAAGAUGCUCUUCAUGGAUGCGCUAUUCAAUAGUCUGUUGGUUGUGAGCUCCGGCUAUGCGAUGUAUACGUUGCAUCCACUACACACACCUUAUGGCUAUGCGGCAGCCGCAGUGAGUCUGGUGCAUGGACUGCUGGGCGUGGUUCGAGCUGCGAACAAUGAUGAUGAUGAAUGCAAUCGCCUCAGGCAGAUCACGUCGGGCAUUAUGGAACUGGUCCCGUUACCAUUGACCAACAUUGAAUUCUAUCUGAAAUCAUCGUCGCCCCAUCUGGCGAUGGCACAUGGCUGUUUUUUGGUGCCGCUCGCCUUUGAUGUCGUUGCCAAGUGGCGUGACAUCGAGGACAAUUCAACGGUUACGCUCAAGGAUCUGACGCUCCUGGGCAACGUUGUCUCGCUGCUCUUCCUCGGCGUGAAUCAAUCGAGCAACGUUUACGGCGGAAUGGCGGCAAUUGCGUUCGGUGCACGUUACGGCUCCGUUUUGCUCGAUUACUACUCCGAGGGUCUGGGCAGUCACAUCAAUCUGUUGGCCAACUCCGCUUUUAUUAUGCUGAUGACCAUGACGCUGACAGCCAAAUAGAUGCAGCUACAUAACUAAAAUUCUUCUGACACUUGAGUUCCGAAACUUAUUAUAUACCGAAAUCCAUUCCAUGCCACUUCAAUCUAUAUUUUUAUUCAUCUUUGCCAAUAAAGAAAUUAUUGUGUUCAUAA